GUCAUUUAAUCGUCACAGCUGCGGCGACUUGGCGAAUUGCAGUAUUCAUGAGUGACGAGUCGCAGAAGGAACGGCAAGAGUGCAGGAGCGUAACCGCGAAGAGAAACCGACAACAGCAACACAGUAUAAUUCAGCGCAAUUAGCGAGCGACGCGAGGGUUUCGCUAAUGGCCGCAAUUAACUGGCGUAGGAUUACGAAGAUGAAGCGAGAGCGAAUUCGCGCGAAUAGUUCGAAUCCGCUCUGCGAGCGAGCGUGCGUUAGGGAUUCAAUUAUCCGGCGCGAUAUCGGGGCUCACGUUACGCUCACACGUACGAUAACAGGUAUCGCUCCGGGGUUAAAUAUCGGGAAGAGGGAGCGAGGGAGAGAGUAUAUACUCCUAAUACUUUUGCAGAAAAGCGCGGAUUUGCGCCGGUCGGAAAGCGGUCCUUUCGUGCGGAAGAAAAUCGCUGUUGGGGAAAUCUUCGAGCGGUCGCGACGUCGUUCGAUCGUCGAGUGAGAUCGGCCAGGAGUCGCUGAGCGCGUUGAAGCCGCGUUCGGCGGAUUUUGCAUCAUUGGGACAAAAUUAUGUAUCGAAAGGAAGUCAUGCAUCGAUAGAAAAUCUCCCGCGAAGUCGUUGCGUCCACGCUCAAGAUUGAUUAUCGAUUCCGCGGCUGGAGUCUCUCACUCACGUCGGAUCACACUGAAUCCUUGGCGACCGCCAGGAUGCAGAUGCUCGCGUUAAAUUUUCUUAUAUACUCCGCGAGCGGCAUUUGGCGGCCGGUGGAGUGGUCGUCCAGCAGCGCUAGGCUACUGUACAGCUUAUACUCCUCCUGUGCGAUCGCCACGAUAGUGAUCCUGCUGAUAACCCAAUUCGUAGACAUCGUUCUUGUUGUCAAUAACGUGGAUGACUUCAUCGCUAAUGCUCUGCUCUUCAUGGGCACCGUCGCCGUCGGCUGCAAGAUCACGAUCGCCAUAACGCGACGGGACGCGAUCAUCGGUCUGGUGCACACGCUGUCCAGCGAGCCGUGCAGGCCUCGGGACGAGGAGGAAGUGGCGAUACAAACGAAAUUCGACGAGUUUAUCAGAACGUGGUCGAUAAGAUUCGCUCUCUUGGCUACAGGUUCUGUGACAGGUGUCACAAUCAAAUCGGUGCUGAACAUCAUGCAAGGUCUCUUACCCUACCGAGUGUGGCUGCCGUACGAUCCGAACGUAACGCUGAUGUUUUGGAUUACUUCCAUUCAGCAAAUCAUGUCUGUCAUUUUCGCCACUGUCGUAAACGUCGGCACGGAAACUUUGAUUUUCGGUUUCUUCCUGCAAACGUGCGCCCAGCUCGAAAUUCUCGGCAGUCGUCUUCGCAAAUUCGUGGCCAGCAGUACGACUCGUCGUCAUCGGAAAGACGUUCCACCUUCUACGAAUGCGGCGAAAUCGAUGAUAUCGCAACAGAUACGUCAUCACCUCAGUAUUUACGACUACGCCAAAACGGCAAACAACAUCUACAAUCAGAUACUCUUCUUCCAAUUCUUCGCGAGCAUAUUGGUGCUGUGUACGAGCGUGUACUACAUGUCGACGCACUUCACGGAGGCCGAGUCCACAACCAUGCUGAUCUACAUCUUUUGCAUGUUUGUGCAAAUCUUUCUUUAUUGCUGGUCCGGCAACGAAGUUAUACUCAAGAGUAUGAGCUUGGGAGACAUGGCGUACAACAUGGACUGGUAUCUGUUAUCUAUCAGCGAGAAGAAAGAUCUGCUGAUGAUCAUGAAACGCAGCACGAUCCCGAUAAGAUUCACCAGCAGCUUCUUGAUCACUCUGUCUCUCGAGUCGUAUUGCAACAUCCUGAAGACAUCAUAUUCGGCGUUCAACGUGUUGCAACACGCAGUAAUUAACCGCACAGCGUCACAGCGAUGCUCCGCUAAACUCCACGAAGGCGCGAUUGUUGGCAUGCAGAUCCUUUCGUUCAAUUUUUUCAUAUACAGUCUCAGCGGCGUAUGGCGGCCCAUCAGCUGGUCGUCCAACUGCGCUAAGCUGCUCUAUAGCGCGUUCACGCUCUUCACGGUAGUCCCGUUGUACUUCUUGAUGCUGACCCAAUUCAUGGAUAUGGUUCUCAUCGUCGAUAACAUAGACGAUUUCACGAAUAAUUCCCUGGUUCUGGUGGGCAUGAUUUCCGUCUGUUGCAAAGCCACGGUUGUCGUGCUUCGUCGGAAAGCAAUUAUCGGUUUGGUGGAGAUGUUGCUGACGGAGCCGUGUAAGCCUCGCGACGAGGACGAACUGGCCAUACAGGCGAGAUUCGACGAGUUCAUCCGGUCGUGCUCAAUAAAGUACACGCUUCUGGCGACGGGCUCUAUAAUGAGUGGCCUGCUGAGGGCGAUGCUCUACAUCAUACACGAUCAUUUACCUUUCAGAGUGUGGCUGCCUUACGACUUGAAUAAAAGGUCGUUGUUCCUCCUCACCUCGAUCCAGCACAUGGUGACUGUAUUCUUCGGCACUUAUAUCAGCGUCGGCACGGAGACCUUGGUGUUUGGCCUUAUCUUGCAAACAUGCGUCCAGCUGGACAUCCUCACGAGCCGCCUCAACAAGAUCGUCGAUCGCGAAGCGGUCGGCUAUCGAAUGAAUCGGCCGCUUGCCUUGUCAAAGAACCAGCAGACGGUGAUCUCGGAACAUAUACACCACCACCUCAUAAUUUACAAGUACGCCAAGAUGGUGAACCGCGUGUUCAACCAGCUGCUGUUCGUCCAGUUUUUCGGCAGUAUAAUAGUGUUGUGCACGAGCGUGUAUUACAUAUCGACGCACAUCACGGAACCUGAGGCUAUGGGUAUCGUAGUGUACACAAUCUGCAUGUUCGCGCAAAUCUUUAUUUAUUGCUGGGCCGGAAACGAAGUUAUCCUCAAGAGCGCGAGCUUAACGGACGUCGUCUAUCACGUGAACUGGUCUUCAUUGCCGGUGAGCAAGCGCAAGGAUUUGCUGAUGAUCAUGAUGCGUAGCACGAUUCCCAUCAAGUUUACCAGCAGCUUCUUGAUAACCUUGUCCCUGCAGUCUUACGGCAACGUUAGUACCGACUCUCUCGAUACUCGAGCGGCGCCCCGCGCCACUUUCUCCCAAGACACAAUUGUUCACGUUCUAAUUUCGCUUUCAGAUCCUGAAAACGUCGUACUCGGUGUUUAGCGUGCUACAGCACUCCUGAGAUGUUCACCGAACCGUUUCACUCGCCUGUCGUGUCUUGGCGACGAUGACGAACUGAUAGACCUAGCUUGCAAAAGUUCGUUGGAUCGUUGUCG